AUGGUGCCACCCGGCGCCCUCCAAUUUUUCUCGGGUGCACAGAGACUGAAAUGCACAACACUUUCUGACGUCUGCUCUUCUGCUCCUUGCAAGCUCUCUCGCAACUUUUAUUACCCCGCCCCUAGCAGCGCUUCCCCUGCCUUCCGCCGAGGCUUGACUGACGGUGCGCAUGCUAGCAGUACGUGGCUGCUGAACUGUCACGGAGCUAGUGGAUGCAGCCCACUCUACUGGCAGUCUAUCUCCUCGUGCAGCGAGGUCAGAACGAAGCAGAAGGAACCACAGAAGCGCCAAAAAGGCAACGCUGGGCGCUCCACAGGGGCUGAACUGAUCUAUAAAGCGAAGUGGGACGUAUAUAAACGUCAUGGGACUGAGACGGCAGAACCGUGGGGCUGCUCCUCCCAUGCAGGAAAUCCGGAGGAAGGUGCCCUGGAGUUGGCUCAGGGUGAAUGCCACCUCAGGAGGGGCAUUGUCGGCAACACGGUUGAAAGGCAACGCCCUAGCCGCUUGGAGGGGAGGGCCCUACUGCGUCGAUUAUGGGAGCAGCAAGGGCAACUCUCUCCUACUGAGGCGGCAAACGCUGCCUACUUUUUAGCCCUUCGAAAGAACCCUCCAGAAGGCCUGUUGCAGCAGCUGACGGCGUGUGUACUGCACAAGCAGCCAGAACGGCACCUCUCGACUCUUGGGAUGCACAGGCAGGUCAUAUGUCCACUGUUGUUGCGCGUUUUCUCUUUGUGCCCCGGAGUAGCCGAAAGGUCCACGUUGGUUCCUUUAAGCUCUGUCGUUGAGCGGCGCGUUGGUCUCUUGAGGCUAGGAGCGCUGCAGCUCCUGCUGACAGACUUUGCCGCCAUUUACACCCCCGAGUUCCUUCCCCUAUUCACGGCUGCUGCAGGGGCCCUCCGCCGCUGCCAGGACCCCUGUGGAAAGCGAAGUGCGCCAGGGCAGGAAGAAGCUGCAGAGUUGCAAAGGGGAUCUCGCGCUGGUGUGAUGCAAGAAUCAGCAAGCAACACAUGGCGGAGGGGCCCCUGGGGGGCCAACGGUCCCCAGAAGGGGGGCCCAAAGGAGGGCCUCACCGCGCUACAAGCGGCCUUUUUACUACAUGCUUUUGGGAGGACAGAUCUGAGGGAUUCAGCCCUAUUCUCAGAACUCCUCGAGACGGUCGACGCCGCCCUGAUGCACCUGCUUAAGGAGGAGUUCCCAGAGAGGCCUCAGACAGCAGAGCUUUUUACCUGUUUAGAGGCACCCGAACAGCUGAACGGAGAGGCCCUCGUGAUGUGCCUUAAGGGCCUCGCGAAUUUGCACCACAAACCCAGUAAAGAGCAACUCAGACGGAUGGUAGAUGUAUUAGGACCCUACCUCCUUAAUGAGGAGCCCUCUGUCCUAGGACAUGCCUCAGCCCCCCGGAAGCUUCCCUUGUUAUUUGGAGCUCUCUCUGCGUUAUCGCGUUUGGAUGCGGGGCCAUUGGUGCUCCGGCGGCUGCUGCAGGCAGCUUGCUGCUUCCCCUUAGCGCAAAUGGGGCCUUAUGAGCCUUGCGACCUUCUUACUGCCGCCGUCGCCUUGCAACCGAUCGUUAAACUGGCACCUGAGUGCGCCACUGCUGCCGUCGCGCGUAUCGAGACAGUCGUGCGGCAAGGCACCUCUCCAGAAGGCCCAGCAGCGGCGGCUGCUGUUGUUGCAGCUUCUUUCGGAACCUCCGCAUGCCCUGCAAGGUCCUCGACCGCUGCUAUGGCGGCAGGAUCUGAAAUGAGCGAGCUUGCAGUAGCCCGUGCGGAGGAUGCCGCUCUGGAUGUAUGGGCAUCUCCUGGAGAUCCAUGGGCGUCUUUACGCGAUUCGUGUCUGCCUCCUUCCUCUCCGUUUCUCUCUGCCGCCUACUGUUAUGUCUCAGCAGUCGGCGUUGGACUGGCUGCGCUGCGUCCUGCCCUCUUCCAGCUGCACCCGGCGUUUCGUAUCUCUGUCAUCUCGUUGUUGUCCUCCCUAGACGCCAUACUACACCCCGACGCUCGCCCCCCCCGUAGGAUUCCCAUGGAGAUAGACGGGACGGGGCCGCUGUGGCAGCAGCAGAACGCGGCUGACGAACGCGAUGUCGACCUGAGGGCAGGGGAGACUUCGAGGAAGACGGGAACGAAAGGGAAAGAGGCGGAGCUACAAGAAGACGCAGAAUCAGAAGCAGGAUCAACGAUGGUCCGUCUUGACUCUCCUGCUGCCACAGAUUCUUGCAUGAGAAAAACGUGGUCCUCUGCAGCAGACGCCAGCCGGUCUCCGGCUGCAGGGAUAAGCUGGCCCCCAGAGCCGCUGCACCCUCUGCUGCGGGGGAUGCUACAAUCUAUUUUCUAUAGGCUGCCCUGUGUCUCUCUGCGGCUGCUGGUGGAGUUGCUGGAGUCGCUGAGAGCGUGCGACUUCAAUCGGAGGGAACAACGUGAAAAACUUUUGCCUCAUGGGAAGACCCAACGGUGGCACAGGCCUCUAAUGGCCGUAGUGGCGCGCGAGGGCACCAGAAAGAUUCACCAGUCAACACCCGACUCGCUUAUUCGAUUCCUGGUGCUCUUCUAUGGGGAGCUGGACGGAUACAGCACCUCUCUUGACCCGCUGGUCUAUGGGCUCCAACGGUUGGCGGCAGUGGCUUCGUAUGAAAGUCUACCCCACGCACAAGCCCUCCGACAGCUGCUGCUAGAGGCUCUGGUGAGCCCUUCACGUGUCUCUAUCCUCCAUGGGUGUCUAUUUGCCUCUACCUUCGCUGUCUCGGCCUUUCUGUGCCUCCCCCGCCCUCUCGCCCUGGCUUUCUAA